AUGCCUCCUCCACCUCCUCCUCCCAAGAGCGUCCUAGGUCGUCACCGUCUCCUAGCCCCCUCGGCAUCGGUGCGCGUGAGCCCUCUGUCACUGGGCGGCAUGAGUCUGGGCGACAACUGGAAGGGAAUGAUGGGUGAAUGCACAAAAGAGCAGGCAUUCGAACUCCUAGACACCUACUACGACCUAGGAGGUAAUUUCAUCGACACAGCCAACAUGUACCAAUUCGGACAGAGCGAGGAGUGGAUUGGCGAGUGGCUCCAAAAGACAGGUCGACGGUCCGAGAUCGUGCUAGCCACUAAGUACACGCUGAGUCCUAUCUUCGGCAAGGGCGUGCAGCAAAGUAACUACGGGGGAACGGGAACCAAGAGCAUGCGCGUGGCUGUAGACAAUAGUCUGAAGCGUCUUCAGACGGAUUACAUUGACCUGUACUAUGUACAUGCGUGGGACUUUGCCACUUCCAUCCCUGAAUUGAUGCAAUCGCUUAAUACCCUCGUGCAACAGGGUAAGGUGCUCUAUCUGGGGAUCAGUGACACGCCUGCGUGGGUCGUUACUAAGGCUAAUGCCUACGCACGAGAGCAUGGUCUGCGUCCGUUUUCCGUCUAUCAGGGUCGGUAUUCGGCUAUGAUGCGCGAUCUCGAGCGUGAUAUUAUCCCAAUGGCGAGGGAUGAGGGUAUGGCUAUUCACCCGUGGGGUGUGCUGGGUAGCGGAUACAUCCGCUCACCGGGUGCCACUCCCAAGGAAGGUGGUCGUCAAACGCCUCAUGUCAAGACGGGUCGCGAGGAACAGGUAUCGGCCGUUUUGGAUACCGUGGCCAAUCGCCACGAGGUCCCUAUUACAUCCGUUGCGCUCGCUUAUGUGCUGCAGAAGGCCCCUUACAUCUUCCCCAUGGUCGGUGGCAACAAAGUCUCCCAUCUCAAGUCCAACAUCGAGGCUCUGAGUCUGGAGCUUACUGCUGAGGAUGUUGCCGAGAUUGACAAGGGCUACAACUUUGAUCUCGGCUUCCCGCACAACUUCCUCAAUCUGGCGGGCUUUAUGCCACAGGGUCCGCAGCAUGUGUCCUUCCUCUCAGGGUUGGGUCAUUUCGACUAUGUGGAGGCUCAGUCUGCAAUUAAGCCUCAGAAGUAG